GCCUUUUCCAGCCCCAAGUGGCGUGGGCGGCACAUGCACAAGGCAGAGGCGCUUCUGAGGGAGACCAGGGAGAGGAGGGAAAGGAGCAAAGGAAGGAACCAGCAGCCACGUCAGCAGCGCAGCUCGGGCCCGCUGGUCCACAUGUACGCGUCGCUGGUGCGGCAUUAUGCCAGGGAGGGCCACGUCAGCAAGGUGGUAACCCUGUUACAGCAGAUGAGGGACGACCUGGCCGCAUCGGGACGAAAGGUGCCGCCCCAAGCUACAGAAGCCGUGGUUUUUGCGUGUGCUCGGGCUGUAUACAGGAGCCGGAAGAGGAGGGAGAAGGUGGGAUCAGGGGGAGGUGUAGCUUCAGACUCGGGUGCUGCAGCCAUGGGAGCGAGUAUGGGUGCUGAUGUCAGGGAGAAGGGGGGAGAGGGCAGCGAGUUUGGUGUGAGAGGAGUGGGUAAUGGAGGGGCGGGCGAGGAGGAAGGGGAAGUGCCUGCUGAUGCUCUAGUGGACCAUGCAUCCGCUGCCAUGCAAGAACUUGGAGGAGAAUGGGGCAGGGCGACAGCAGCAGCAGCAGCAGCAGCAGCAGGCGCUAACGCUGGUGCGAAUCUGCCCGGCUUGCGGGCGUGCAAUGCAUACCUGGCAGCGCUCACAGGCGCGGCUGCUAAAGCAGCGGCGGAGGGGCGAGGAGAGGAGGCAGCGCGGUGGGGGGAGGAGGCAGAGGCGUUUUUUCGGGAGAUGCUGCGGGCAGAGAGAGGGCCGCUGACUGCGGCCUUCAACUCGCUGCUGCAGAUGUACCUCCACCAGUCGCGCCUGAAUGACCUCGAGAGGCGCUUCCAAGGCAUGAAGGAGGUGGGGUGCAUCCCCGACCGCACGUCCUACCACCUGCGCCUGGCAGCGCACAUCAAAGCCGGGAACCUCGGCAUGGCAAAGAGAAUCUUCCUGGAAAUGAACUCCAACAAAGAGACAGGCGCAGACGGACACACCUACAACCUGCUCAUAGCAGCGUGCGGAGCAGCAGGCGACACCCGAGCUGUGCGCUCCCUGUAUGUGGAAAUGGUGGGGAAUAGGAAAGACCGGGGGAGGAAACCCGGCAUGGUGUUGGUAGGAGCGGCGAGGGAAGCGGCAGAAGCAGUAGUGGGGAAGCUGAGGGUGUUGAGGGACGAGAGCCGGAGCAUGAAGCUGAGUAAAGAGCAACGGCAGGUGCUUGCAGGGGUGCUGCUGGGCGGUGCGAGGAUUGCUGCGCAGGACAACGAACGGACGUACGAGAUCCACUUUGAGCAGCCGCUGGACAAUCCUGGCCGUGUAGACCUGCUGGAGGCGCUGUUCCGGGCGUUUGGCCCAUGGGCCAGUGCGCCGCCCAGAAACAUGCUCCUGCUCAUGCCGCCCGCGCCUAGUGCGUCGCCUGAUGCUGCCGCCGCCGCUGCCGCUGUUGCUGCUAACACCGCUGCUACCACUGCUGCUGCUGCUGCUGCUGCUGCUGCUGCUGGUGCCUCCGACCCCCUAGCAGCAGCAGGCGUGCAUCCCAUCCGCGUGCGUCACUUUGCCACCAUCCCCCACACGUCCCUGCGCUACCACGCGCAGCGGUACCACCCGCAGGGCAACCGCGCGGUGCCUAAACUCAUCCAGCGCUGGCUCACCCCCAAGACGCUCGCCCACUGGUACAUGUACAGCGGGCGGCGCUGCGAGGACACCGGGGGAUGAUCCUGCACGCCAAGCAGUAUUCGAGUCGGGACUUGAGAAGGAUUGCGCGGGCGCUUUGUGUGUCGGUGAGGGAUUGUUGGGUGAAGAUGAGGUAUCGGCGGCCUGGGCAACGGGUG